AUGUCGCUGCUGAGGCUCCGCGGCCCCAUCACCGCCCUCGGCCGCCCGCGCGCCCCCCCGGCCUGGCAGCGGGGCCUGCACCCCCCCGGCCUGCACCCCCCCGGCCUGCACCCCGCCCGGAGCUCAGGAAGACCUUGGAUUGUCUUUAGAAGAAAUUACUCGUCAAGUCUCCUGCGGGAGGAUGACUGGAAGAAGCAAAACUUUCAUCUCCUGGAGGUGCUGGAAGCGCGAUUACAGCAGCUCCAGGCAGAUAACCCGACUCAAGUGAGACACACCGUCGACGUACAAUUCAUCGACAGCGUGAACGUAACCUGCCUGGAAAGCCUGACCAGCUCGAAGUCGCUGGCCUCUCCGCCGGCCAGAGCAUUCAAACAACCUACCUGCCCGCCCGAGAGGGGAAAGCUGCCUGAACGACACGGGAGCGAGGCGGAGAAGGUCAGCGCCAAAGCCACCUCUGUCCCGAGUAAAUGGCUGGAAAAACUGAAGAAGGAAAAGCGUAACAAAGUCAGGAAACAGCAGAAUUUAGCGAAAAAGAUCAAGAAGGCUCCCCCCCAGUCCGGCACGAAAACACUCUGCAAAUCCGCAGGCGCCAAAGUCACAUUCAGCGCCGUGAAAGGCAAGAAGGGGGUAGCCAGCACGGAGACGGAGUCUAUCUCCUUGCCUGAAGACCCUCAGGGGUCCACCCUCGCUGAGGUGGAAAGGCUGAACCUGGAUACUAAUAACUGGGUUUCUUUUGCUGCUCAACUGCUGGAGGAUCGAGAAAGCAACAAGCACUGGGACGCCCAGCGGAACAUUCUAGCCUACGUCGAGGCCUGCAGCUUCAUCGGUGACCUGGACCGGGCUCACCAUUGCGUCCUCUUCCACCAUCGCCACCUGAACCGGCGCAAACACCUGAACAUCAAGAUUUACAGCGUUUUAAUGCGGCUUUGGGCCAAAAAGGUGUCACUGAACCAGAUCGGCCGGCUUUUCAGCCUGGUGGAGGAAGCGGAACUCAAACCAAAGCUGGACUGUUACGCAGCAGCGUUGGAGUGUAUGGGACGCAUGGAAAGUUGUGCCUUUCACGUGAUAAGGAGGUGUCUUCAUCAACUGGAGGAAGAUGGCUUCACGCUGCAGGAGCUGCUCAAGGGCUGCCUCUUCCACAAGGAUGAACGGGAAAUGGUGAUGAAGGCCAUCCGCGUGGUGGAGCCGGACUUCCAGCUCCCGAUCGAGCCAGCAGCCGAGGUCUGCCGGUCACCGCUGGUGAUGCAGUUGUACUCCAAGGAAGAGCCCAUCGCUUACCCCAAACUGGACCUGCGUGUGGAGGAGCUGAGACAGAGGUUCAGCCGGCAGCUGAGCCUGGAACAAGCCGACACCGUCACCAUCAACUCCAUCGAGGCAGCAAAGCCGGUCACGGAGAAGAUGAAAAGAUCGAGGAGACGCCUGGCAGAUUUACGCUCGAAAUGGCGGAAAUCUCUGCUGCAGGCAUUUCGCGACUGCAAGCUCCUCUUGGCCGGUGACCCUCGCCAGUCCUGGAAAAUGAACAUCUACCCGUACCUCUGUCUGCUGGACGACAAGGAGUACGUGGACAUUAUGUUGCAGAGCAUCACAAAUCUCCCCCCAAACGGCGAAGCGUUGCUGAUUAUGUCGAAGGAUCUGGGCAACCGAGUCUACAACAAAUACUCCGUACGGAAGAAGAUAAAGAAUGAGAUGGUGGCUAAGAUGAAGGACGUUUAUGGAGCUUACGUUGAGCUGCUGGCAAAGGAUACAGAGGUGAAUGAUUACCUGCCCCGGGAAUACUGGGCGAAAAUUGAAGCUGAAAUGAACUCGGGGCCAUCACUAAGAAGUGGGGACACUCUCUGGCCGCACACCCUGAUCAUACAGCUAGGGUCUCACCUGGUGGAUCUCAUGGUCCGCGACAUAAAGAUCCCCAUCAACAGCUCGAGCGGGGAGAAUAGAUACAUCCCCGUGCUGUACCACAUGUACACCUUCCGCAGUAACAAACAGAUCGGUUUCAUCAAGCCUCAUCCCAUUCUCACCCAGAUCCUUGCCGAAGCCGCAGAGACCACCCUGAGCUUUGACUCGUAUGUCAUGCCGAUGGUGUGUCCCCCCAUCCCCUGGAUAUCCCCCAGUUUCGGGGCUUACACCCUGACCCCCACGAAGCUCAUGCGCUGCUUGGACGGUGCCGUGCAGCACCAGCUACUGCUGGAGAAGUCCCAGAGCAGCGAUUUGCACGCCGUCCUCGAUUCCCUCAACCAGCUCGGCAGCUGCGCCUGGAAGAUCAACCAGCCCGUCCUGGACCUGAUCGUCUCCAUCUUCAACCACAAGGGGAGCGAGGAGCUGGAGAUCCCCCGCCCCCUCUCGGAGGCUCCCGCCAAGCCCCAGUGCAACCCCAGUCGCGAGCUGAGUGCAGGACAGAAGACGGCCUUCAAGCGGGAGGUGGCCGGGGUCAGGAAGAAGCUGGCCGAGAUGCACAGCCUCCGGAUGGACGCCCUCUACAAGCUCUCCAUCGCCAACCACAUGCGGGACGAGGUGUUCUGGUUCCCGCACAACAUGGACUUCAGAGGGAGGACCUACCCCUGCCCGCCCUACUUCAACCACCUGGGCAGUGACGUCACCCGGGCGCUCCUGCUGUUCGCUGAUGGGAAGCCUCUGGGGGAAGGUGGGUUGACCUGGCUGAAGAUCCACCUGGUCAACCUGACCGGCCUGAAGAAAAAGAGCUCGCUGAAAGCCAGGCUGGCCUACGCCAACAAGAUGAUGGACGAGAUCUUGGACUCGGCGGAUAACCCUCUCACGGGGCGGAAGUGGUGGAUGAAUGCGGAUGAGCCUUGGCAGGCUUUGGGCUGCUGUAUGGAGAUAGCAAGUGCAGUGAGAUCUCCUGACCCGACCCAAUACAUCUCUCAUUUCCCAGUCCAUCAGGAUGGAUCGUGCAAUGGGUUACAGCAUUACGCUGCCCUGGGACGAGAUGUAAUCGGUGCAACCUCAGUCAACCUUGUGCCCUGUGAGGUGCCACAGGAUGUUUAUAGUGGGGUGGCUCAACAGGUUGAAGAGUUUAGGAAGCGGGAUGCAGCGAAGGGGGAUAGAAUCGCCCAGAUCUUGGAGGGUUUCAUCAACCGUAAAGUGGUCAAGCAGACGGUGAUGACGGUGGUGUAUGGCGUCACACGGUUCGGAGGCCGUCUGCAGAUCGAGAAGCGAUUGAAGGAAAUGGAAAAUUUCCCCAAGGAGCACGUGUGGGAAGCCUCGCAUUUCCUGGUGAAGCAGGUGUUCAGCAGCCUGAAAGAGAUGUUCACCCUCACCAGGGAGAUCCAGGACUGGCUGACAGAAAGCGCCCGGCAGAUCGCAAAAUCAGGGCAUUCAGUGGAGUGGGUGACACCGUUGGGAUUGUCGAUUGUUCAGCCUUACCACAGGACCAAGACCAUGUUACUCAGGAGCAACAUGCAGUACUUGAACCUGCAAAUAAGUCACGACGUAGCUCAACGGCCCGACACAGUCAAACAGAAGAACGCUUUUGCACCGAAUUUCAUCCACUCCCUCGAUUCAACUCACAUGAUGCUGACAGCGCUGUACUGUUACAGGGCGGGGCUCACGUUUGUCUCUGUCCACGACUGUUUCUGGACGCACGCCAUCACAGUCGACGUCAUGAACAAGAUUUGCCGCGAGCAGUUUGUGGCCUUGCACAGCCAGCCCAUCCUGAAGGAUCUCUCCAGGUUCCUGGUGAACAAGUACCUUCCUUACAUUCCCCAAGACCAGAAGAACAAAAGGUUCCAAGAGUACAAGAGAAUGCUUGAGCUGCUCGCUGAAGUCCCAGAGACAGGAGAGUUUGAUUUACAGGAGGUGAAGGAAUCCACCUAUUUUUUCAGCUGAGUAGAGCUGUUCUGUUUGAGAGGAUCGAUGGCCGGAAAGCACGGGAUCGAAAACACGCCCAUCGCGCGUCGCGAAUCCGCCGCCACUUAAAAGGCUUUGCGACAGCAAGGGAGAGAGAGAGCGCGCAGCACGUCAGAGAAGAGACUGGAGAUGCGUCUCCCAGCCCAGCACCAACCGAGCUGCUAAGCCAGGGCCUGCUUCGGGGUUUUAGGUGCCGCCUGGAAUCUCCACCGAGGCGCGACUGAUCACCGGCCGUCAGUGCAGUGCCAACCGCCGCUGUGUUUCAAUCAAGUGGAAACGUUCGCAGCUCGCGUCACGUUUCGCAAAGUGAUCCGCCAGAAUUCGGAGCCUCGAAGCUCCCAUCCGCGACCGACGCCGUGAUCGAUCGAUGCCGGGGCCCGGAGACAGCCUGGAGGAAUUUUUUUUGUAAAAAAAAAAGAAGAAAAGUUAAAAGAUCGGCACUUAAAUUUUGCACAACUCCGGGGGGUAAAUGCCAGGAGGAGGGAAUCCAGCCUCGCAGAUAUUUUUUCGACAUGCGUGUGUUUUUACAGCUGUUAUUUUCUUGCUGACAGAGACUUGGAUAAAACAGCAUUAGCCCGAGGGACAGAAAGGACUUGAUAACCUCAUCACCUCAUCCACGUCAACCAUUUUCUGAGAGAGAGAGAAAGAGAGAGUAUUGCGGAGUCAGCGGUUCCAAAAUAAAUAUUUUUUUCUUUCUUUCUCUCUAAUCCAGUAAGCCUCUCGGGUUUUUAGUUCUGUGUGUGUGAGUGUGAGUGUGUGUGAGAGUGCGCGCGUGUGUCAGUGUGUGGUACGAGACGAGAGAGCAUGUAUGUGUCUGAGUGGUAGACGUGUGUUUUUUUUAAAUAAAGCUAUUUUGUAAGGGA